AUGCGAGCCCUCCGCUACCACGGCGUCAAGGACCUCCGUGUCGACGACGACAUCCCCGAGCCCAAAUGCGGAGAGAACCAGAUCAAGGUCAAGCUACACGAAUAUUCGUCGCCCACGUUCAUCCCCCAACCCAACUCCCCUCAUCCCAUAACAAAGGAGGUGAUGCCCGUCGCCAUCGGCCACGAAUUCUCCGGGGAGAUCGUGGAGAUUGGAACUCUCGCCGAGUCUCAUCCAAACUUCCAGGGUCAAACCCUCAAAGUCGGGGACAAGGUCGCCGUGCAACCCACCCUCGCCUGUUUCCACUGCGGGCCCUGCAACGAUGGCUACAUCAACUGCUGCGACUCGGCGGGGUUUGUCGGGUUGAGUGGCGGCGGCGGUGGAAUGAGUGAUUAUGUCUGCGUCGAUGCACAGUUUGUCUUCAAGCUGCCGGAUCAUGUGGGUUUGGACGUGGGUGCGUUGGUGGAGCCGUUGGCCGUGGCAUGGCAUGCCGUUGACCAGUACCCGCUGAAGAAGGGUGACACAGCCCUCGUCAUGGGCGCCGGUCCCAUCGGACUCGGGGUCAUCCAAUGCCUCAAGGCCCGCGGCGCCGGCACCAUCAUCGUCGCCGAAGUCGCCAAGGAGCGCCAGAACUUCGCAAAGGCGUUUGGCGCGACACACCUGAUCGAUCCUAGGACUGAGGAUGUGGUCAAGAAAAGUAAAGAGAUCACAGGCGGGCAGGGACCGCAUGUUGCGCUGGAUGCGGCGGGGGUGCCGGCCAGUUUGAGGGACGCGGCGUUGGCGGUGAGGGCGCGGGGGACGAUUGUGAACCUGGCCAUUUGGGAGAAGGAGGUCCCGUUCCAGCCCAACACCCUCGUGUUCGGAGAGAAGAAGUACUUUGCGAUCCUGGGCUACCUGCAAUCCGACUUCGCGGGCGUCAUCGCCGCUCUCGACGACCACUCCCUUGAGCCCGAGAAGAUGAUCACGGGCAAGAUCAAGAUCGACCGCGUCGCGCAGGAUGGGUUCCGUCCCCUGAUCGAGGAGAAGGACAAGCAUGUCAAGAUCUUGGUCGAUUGUCGAGCGUGA